AUGUCUCCUCUGAAGAUACAUGGCCCUAUCAGAAUUCGAAGUAUGCAGACUGGGAUUACAAAAUGGAAAGAAGGAUCCUUUGAAGUUGUGGAAAAAGAAAAUAAAGUCAGCCUAGUAGUUCACUACAAUACUGGAGGGAUUCCAAGGAUAUUUCAGCUAAGUCAUAACAUUAAAAAUGUGGUGCUUCGACCCAGUGGAGCAAAGCAAAGCCGCCUAAUGUUAACUCUACAAGAUAACAGCUUCUUAUCUAUUGAUAAAGUACCAAGUAAGGAUGCAGAGGAAAUGAGGUUGUUUCUAGAUGCAGUCCAUCAAAACAGACUUAAUGCAGCCAUGAAACCUUCUCAGGGUUCUAGUAGUUUUGGAGCUAUUCUGGGCAGCAGGACCUCACAGAAGGAAACCAACAGGCAGCUUUCUUACUCAGACAAUCAGGUCUCUUCAAAAAGAGGAAGUUUGGAAACUAAAGAUGAUACUCCAUUUCGAAAAGUUCUUGGUAAUCCAAGUAGAGGAUCAAUUAAGGCUGCAGCAGGAAAUGGAGUAACUCCUACCCGGACAAUUCCCUCUUUGACAUCUACAUCCACUCCUCUUAGAUCAGGGUUAUUAGAAAAUAGGACUGAAAAGAGAAAAAGAAUGCUGUCAUCUGGCUCAGAGUUAAAUGAAGAUUACCCUAAGGAAAAUGAUUCUUCAUCGAACAACAAGGCUAUGACAGAUCCCUCAAGAAAGUAUUUAACCAGCAGUAGAGAGAAACAACUGAGUUUGAAACAGUCAGAAGAGAAUAGGACAUCAGGGCUUCUACCUUUGCAGUCGUCAUCUUUUUAUGGUAGCAGAUCUGCAGCCAAGGACUAUUCUCCUGGCAGCACUAACCUAGACAGGACUAAUAUUUCAAGCCAAACUCCGUCUGCCAAAAGAAGUUUGGGAUUUCUUCCUCAGCCAGCUCCUCUUUCUGUUAAAAAACUGAGGUGUAACCAGGAUUACACUGGCUGGAACAAGCCAAGAGUGCCCUUUUCCUCUUACCAACAGCAGCAACUGCAAGGCUUCUCCAAUUUGGGAAAUACCUGCUAUAUGAAUGCUAUUUUACAAUCUCUAUUUUCACUCCAGUCAUUUGCAAAUGACUUGCUCAAGCAAGGUAUCCCAUGGAAGAAAAUUCCACUCAAUGCACUUAUCAGACGCUUUGCACACUUGCUUGUUAAAAAAGAUAUCUGUAAUUCAGAGACCAAAAAAGACUUACUCAAGAAGGUUAAAAAUGCCAUUUCAGCUACAGCAGAGAGAUUCUCUGGUUAUAUGCAGAAUGAUGCUCAUGAAUUUUUAAGUCAGUGCUUAGACCAGCUGAAAGAGGAUAUGGAAAAAUUAAAUAAAACUUGGAAGACUGAACCUGUUCCUGGAGAAGAAAGUUCACCAGAUAUUUCAGCUACUAAAGUAUACACUUGCCCUGUUAUUACUAAUCUGGAGUUUGAAGUUCAGCACUCCAUCAUCUGUAAAGCAUGUGGAGAAAUUAUUCCCAAAAGAGAACAGUUUAAUGACCUCUCCAUUGAUCUUCCUCGAAGGAAAAAGCCACUCCCUCCUCGUUCAAUUCAAGAUUCCCUUGAUCUUUUCUUUAGAGCAGAAGAACUUGAGUAUUCCUGUGAGAAAUGCGGUGGGAAGUGUGCUCUUGUCAGGCACAAAUUUAACAGGCUACCCAGAAUCCUCAUUCUUCAUUUGAAACGAUACAGCUUCAAUGUUGCUCUCUCACUUAACAACAAGAUUGGGCAGCAAGUCAUCAUUCCAAGAUACCUGACCCUCUCAUCUCAUUGCACUGAAAAUACGAAACCACCCUUUAACCUUGGUUGGAGUGCACAGAUGGCAGUUUCUAGACCAUUGAAAGCCUCUCAAAUGGUGAAUUCCUGCAUCACCAGCCCUUCUACACCUUCAAAGAAUUUCACCUUCAAAUCCAAGACCUCCUUAGCUUUAUGCCUUGAUUCAGACAGUGAAGAUGAGCUUAAACGCUCUGUGGCCCUUAGCCAGAGACUUUGUGAAAUGUCAGGCAGUGAACAGCAGCAGGAGGACCUGGAAAAAGAUUCAAAAUCAUGCAGAAUGGAACCUGAGAAGUCUGAAUUGGAACACUCGGGAUUUGACGGAAUGAGUGAAGAGGAGCUUCUAGCAGCUGUUUUAGAGAUAAGUAAGAGAGAAGCUUCACCAUCUCUCAGUCAUGAAGAUGAUGAUAAACCAACCAGCAGCCCUGAUACCGGAUUUGCAGAAGAUGAUAUUCAAGAAAUGCCUGAAAAUCCAGACUCUGUGGAAACUGAGAAGCCGAAGACAAUCACAGAGCCUGAUCCUGCCAGUUUUACUGAGAUAACUAAAGACUGUGAUGAAAAUAAAGAGAACAAAACUCCGGAAGGAUCUCAAGGAGAGGUUGAUUGGCUCCAGCAGUAUGAUAUGGAGCGUGAGAGGGAGGAACAGGAGCUUCAGCAGGCAUUGGCUCAGAGCCUCCAGGAGCAAGAGGCUUGGGAACAGAAAGAAGAUGAUGACCUCAAAAGAGCUACGGAGUUAAGUCUUCAAGAGUUUAACAGCUCUUUUCUGGAUUCAUUGGGCUCUGAUGAGGACUCUGGAAAUGAAGAUGUUUUAGAUAUGGAGUACACAGAAGCUGAAACUGAGGAACUGAAAAGAAAUGCUGAGACAGGAAAUCUUCCUCAUUCCUAUCGGCUCAUCAGUGUUGUCAGUCACAUUGGUAGCACGUCUUCUUCAGGUCACUACAUUAGUGAUGUGUACGACAUUAAGAAGCAGGCAUGGUUUACAUAUAAUGACCUAGAGGUAUCUAAAAUCCAAGAGGCUUCUGUGCAGAGCGAUCGAGAUCGGAGUGGCUACAUCUUCUUUUAUAUGCACAAGGAGAUAUUUGAUGAGCUGCUGGAAACAGAAAAGAACUCUCAGGCACUUAACCUGGAAGUGGGGAAGACCACUCGUCAGGUUUCAUGA